AUGCAUUCUGAUCGAUCAAACUUCUCCACCGCCGACGAUGACUACUCCAACGUCGACGACGAAUCCAACCGUAUGAGCGGUGAGGGUUCUCCGAUGAUGAUGUCACCAUGGAAUCAGACCCGUCCUUUUCAACCAUCUCCUUCUUCGUCCACUUCAAGUCCCGAAUAUGGCCUCAUCGGCUCUCUGGUCCGGGAGGAAGGCCACAUUUACUCCCUUGCCGCCACCGGCGGCCUCCUUUACACCGGAUCGGACAGCAAGAAUAUCCAUGUUUGGAAGAACAUGAAGUUGUUCACCACAUUCAAAUCCAACAGUGGUCUCGUGAAGGCUAUCAUUAUAUCCGGCGACAAGAUUUUCACCGGACAUCAAGACGGAAAGGUUCGAGUUUGGAAAUCCAACAGCAAAGACCAAAAAACUCAUAAACGCAUUGGAACUUUUCCGAAAUUCUUCGACAUUCUGAAGAGCUCGAUGAAGUCCAAGAAUUACGUUGAGGUAAAACGCAAUCGUACGGCGCUCUGGAUCAAACACUGCGACGCCAUUUCCUGCCUCAGCAUCAACGAAGAAGAAGGCUUGCUUUAUUCAGGUUCAUGGGACAGAACUUUUAAGGUAUGGAAAAUGUCAAAUUCAAAAUGUCUAGAGUCUGUGAAGGCGCACGAAGACGCUGUGAACUCCGUCGUUUCCACCGUCGACAGCCUGGUGUUCACCGGAUCGGCGGAGGGGUCGGUGAAGGUGUGGAAGCGAGAAGGGAAGGGGAAGAACAUGAAGCAUAUGUACGUGAAGACGCUAUUGGAACAAGAGUGUGCGGUGAAUGCGUUGGCUUGGUCAAAACCGGGUUCCGUCGUCUACUGCGGGUCGUCGGACGGGGUGGUGAACUUCUGGGAGAAAGAAAACCAGUUUUCACAUGGCGGCGUUCUUAAGGGGCAUAAAUUAGCGGUUCUUUGCCUUGCGGUUGUCGGGAACUUGGUGUUUAGUGGAUCAGCUGAUAAAACGAUAUGCGUGUGGCGGAGGGAGGUGGCCCAACACACAUGUUUGUCGGUUCUGACGGGGCACACCGGACCGGUGAAAUGUGUGGCGGUGGAGAGGGAGGCGGAGUCGAGCGCCGCCUAUGGGAAAUGGGUGGUGUAUAGUGGUAGUUUGGACAAAUCGGUGAAAGUAUGGAGCGUGUCGGAGCAAUCGCCGGCGGCGACGCAGAAUGGGAAAGGUUCCUGGGAUUAG